AUGGCGGGGCUGCCUCUUCCCACCACAGAAGGUGGCACGGAAAGCGCCUCACCCUCAUUGCUCUCCGCCGUGGGUAAUGAGUGGGUGCGCAUUCGUGCCUAUUUCAUGGAGGUACAAAUGUUGGAGGGAGAGCCCGAUUUUGAUGAGAUUUGUGAUCGUCUGGCCCAAGUAGAGCAUUCCCUUCAGGUCAUACUUGAUGCGCUCCUGCAGGAGCACACUCAGAUGAUGCCGCCGCGGGCUGUAUCACGGUUUAGGUUUGGAGAUAGGGGGAGUGUGAGCAGCAUCAGUAGCAAGAGUAGUUUUUUUGUGUCCUCGCAAGGACAUACACCCCAUGUCUACUACGGCAAUGGUGGAACUGCGGAGGGAGCGGCGCGGCUGCCACCGUGUUACACGUUUCUGUUUAGCGACAUGACGCCCCCCACCCCUGUCGACGCGAAUACCGAGACGGAAGAAGGAUUGUCAGCCAUCGGACAAGCGUUCCUGCUCUCACUGUGCCAAUUUGCGAAGCACAACGAACCGCCUGGCACGCGGUGUAUCAUCCUUCGCUUCUUAACGCGCCUGCUCUCUGAAGUCGAUCUCCCGCGGUCGCCGGUUAUGGGGGACCCGCCACGGUCGCUGCUGCAGCUGUUCCCAAGCAAUACAGUGGUGCCGCUGAUGGACAUGAUUCGCCAAGUCGGGGUGGCGCUACGAUCAAAAACAGGAAGAAGGAACUCUUUAAGUGCAAUGUCGGCGUCAUCUCCCUCAGAUGUGGGCAAAGACGCAAUCGACGAUGAGCGUGAGGCUUAUCUUUCGCUCCUGUGUGCCAUAGCUGAAAGGAUAGAGCAGGUUCCUGCACUGGCCGCCUUUUUUCUACCGGCGAUGACAACAGACUCCGAGAAUGAAACAGGACAAGACGCGGCCUCCGCCAGCGAGGCCCCUUCCGUCCUGCUGCACGCCUUUUUGGAAUACAUCACGCUUCGUCAUGGGUCACUGGAGUCCAAGAAGCGGAAUGAUAUUUGUCGGCUAGCGCUACGAGGCCUGUUGACCCUUGCCAAGUGCCCUGACCCGGUCAUUCAGGACUAUGUGAAGAAGCAUACUUCCGCCGUGUCGAUAACGUUAAUAGAAGCACGCACAGCCCUCUUAACUCUGUGCAAAGUGCCUGACAACGACGAUGCUGCAGCACAACUUUGCUGCAUCUGUGAAGUGUUGCGUUUCUGGUCGCAGUUGCUGCUGCUGGCCCCUGCCGUUGCGGAGGAAUGGAAAGUGGAGCAGAUCAUUGAAUGCAACUUUGUGCGUGAGGCGCUCCUGCCUCUGUUCCGAUCUACCGACGACACCGUGUACGCUGCCGCUGCCAUUGUGACAGCGAGGACGGUGCAUGCUGUGGGCCCGAUGUCUCCCCUCUACGUAUCUACUGUUACGCGCGCGCUGCUCGGCACACGCGUGGACCCCUUGACGGGGAAACUGGCGCGCGCGCAUACUGCUGGUGCUCAUACCUCUUCGUCGAACACAGUGUCACUAAUCGACUACGCUCUUCUGCCACGUCUCAGUGUGGAGAGUGACAGCGACUGGAGAAUCGUCAAUGUCACCCUCCACCUUUUCAACACCCUUGCGCAGUACGAGCCGGCACUGUUCAUGGAGCUCGCGCUCUCACUAUCAAUGUCCACCCUCGCCGAGGUAUACAUGAGUGGCCUCCGACCCAGUGUGCAGCGUCGGGCGAAGCCUUCUAAUGGCGCUACCGAGGGCAAAGUAAAAGAGGGCAAUGCUCCCGUGGUGGCCAAGGCCAGACACGUCGACUGCUUUCUGCAGCCGGGGCUUGAAGUGGACCUUUCCGCUGCAUCAACGGCCCCGCCGCUGGACAUAGCGGAGUGUUUCCCCGCGCGGCUUCGUGCGCCGAAGGGCGUCCUGCUGUGGACCACCGCGGAGUGCAUCGCGGAGGAUAUCCUCACCCACCUGCUCCUUGUGGAGAGCCACGUUCCCAUUUGGUUGCUCGAGGAGCGGCAGCGCGUCAUGAACCGCUCCUGCAGGAAUGUGAGCGGGAAUUUGAUGGGUUUGUCCCCCGAGGGCGAAAGCUGCACGGUGUCUCAAGCAACGUCCCCCGACCCGCAAGCCGUGGACGGCGCGCAGAACACCCGGAAGAACAUUUGGUUUCAUGAGGGAGUGCACCAAUCGCCUCUUGUGGUGCGGCUCUGUGAGCUCACGUCGUCUAUGUUGUCGAUCCCAUCAGAUGUGUGCACGCUUCUGACGAAUCUGUGGUCCACUUUGUGUGUCCUUCCAGACUUCCGUGUGCUGUACACACUCCUGGACCCGGACCACGGCCGCCUCCGCCACGCGCUGCUCAAACUGCGCGACGCUGUUGACGAGGGACUCCAGCACGACGAGAAUGUAGCCUUUGCAGUUGCGUCCGCGGCGGCGGCUCUCGCAGCGGGAAAUACUGUUAAAGCGCCAGCCGUAGGCAAUGCGGCACCCCAUGAAAUAAUCACCGUCGCAGAGAAUAAGUCCUCCACGGGCCUUGCUCACAACGCCGCCCCCCACCUGUACACACGCACCUAUUUGUACUCGCAGUUCAUUCAGUUGGGGCCGUCGCUGCGCUGGGUCAGGGACGUGGUCGAGCGGGAGUUCCCCAAUCAUGAAUUGUUCAUGGCCCUCAAGAAGCACCGUGUCUUUCUGGAGGCGUGCGCGUGUGUGGAGGCAUUUCGCAUGGAGUUGGACGCGGUUGUCGGUCAUGUUGCGCUAUCGCACAACCUCAUGUGUCUUCAAACAGGGAAAGGGCAGCAGGUCAAGAAAGCUGCGCAUGCAUAG